AUGCUCACACGAAAUCUCAAGCGAGUGCUGCUCGACUCGCAAUGGUCAAUACCACCGACCUUUCUACUUCCCUGGGCCGCCUGUCUCACCACAGUCUCGCACGCGACCGAAGCCAACAAUCUCCCUCCGCCGCUCGUCAAUGCUGCACAACAUGUAUCUAGUCAGCGAAAAGGCCCAUCGCCAAGACCAGCAAAGACAUCAGUUAUGCCACCACCUCCGCCAACACCUGAGCUACCAUCAUCCCACACCACCACCACCUCCCCACCCGCCCUCUCCGACACCGUCCGCCAACUCCUCCCAAUCCUCCAAGCCCAGGGCCCACACUUCAUCACCGCCCAUCUGUACGACCGACCCUACCUCCUCACCCAAGGCGACACCGUCCGGCUCCCCUUCCACAUGAAAGGCGUGGAACCGGGAGACAUCCUCCGUUUGAACUGCGCCAGCAAUCUAGGAAGCAGAGACUACACCCUCAAACCCUCUGCCCCUUCACCGAAGCUAAAAUCAACCACCACCAUGACCAUCACGGCGCAAGAUCCCACGACAGGGCAACUAGAAAGCCACAGCGCCAUGAUGCCGGAACCUGGCACCGAGACCGCAACCGCAACCGCAACCGGCAGUCAGAUGGUGGCACCGCACUUCAUCCCCCACAUCGCCAAGGGAAAGGUCGCAUAUCUAGACGAGAGGCUCUAUGUAUGCAGAGCAGUAGUCAUGGGGGUGGAAAGCGAGCCGAUGCAGACGAAAGAAAAGACGAAGCGAAGACAGAGGAAGGUGAAGACGGUGAAGAGUAAGCAUCGGCAUACGAUCUUGCGGAUCAAGGAGGUGAGGGUGAGGGGAAUUGAGGAGAUUGAGGGUGGUGUUGAGCUUGAGUAA